AUGCACAAAUCUGUUCAAGGUUUAGAAAAAAACUCGGAUAAGUUAUUUGAUAAAACGGAGAAAUUAGACGAACAGUUAGUGAACUUAGAAUCGCGAUCAAUGCGUAACAAUUUAUUAUUCUACGGAAUACCAGAGGAGGGCACCGAUGAAAAUUGUAAGCAGCUAGCAAAAGACUUCUGCAAAAAUAUAUUGAAAAUCUCAUCCGCUAAUGAAUUUGUGUUCGACAACGCACAUAGAAUUGGGGAGAAAAAAGGUUCGAAACCCAGACCCGUGGUGGUCAGAUUUCAUUACUUAGAGGAACGUGAAGCUGUCCGGAAAUCGUCCUUUGAACGGGAUAUCGCCGACGCUAUGAAAUCAGCUAAAAGGGGCGUCGGAGCCCAAUUACCUAGAAGUGUUAGGGAGGCACGAACGCCACUGUAUCCAAUCAUGAAACGCGCCAGGGAUGAACACAAAAACGUAAAAUUCAUUGGGAAAAAACUUUUCAUUGAGGGAGAAGAGUACAUACCAGACAUUCCGAUGGAAUAG